CGGCGAAAUUAGUCGCAGUUAGUUUAAGUUCGAAAAGCGAUCAGUCGACUUCAAGAUAAAAGAAGAGUGACAUUAACGAUAAAAAUAAAUUUCUUUUUUUUAACGAUCGAAAUAAAUUAAACGAAAUAUAUACGAGUGUACGUUCAAGUUAACACCUUGAAUAUUGACAAAUUACGAUUCUAUACGGUUAAAAAAGAAACCGUAAAAAAUUCAAAUAAGAAAAAGAAAAAAAGAACGAAGAAAAGAAAAGAAAAGAAAUUCGAAAAUAAAAUGGCAUUAGUACCGAGCAGUUUGUUCCGUAAUUGGUGGGAUGAAAUGGACCGUUUUCAUCGUGAAUUGGAACAACAUUUUCAACGUUUAUCAACGACAAACGAUUUCCCUCGUCCGCCAGCAUUGCCAUCAUUUAAAGAAUUUUUCCAUCCUUGGCGCGAAGUAUUCCAGGAAUUAGAAGAACAAGUAGGAGGCUCGACAAAGAUUGAAAAGGGCCAAGAUAAAUACAGAGUGAUCGUCGACGUGCAACAAUUUGCACCCGAAGAAAUAACUGUUAGAACGGAUGACAAAUGUAUUACAAUUGAGGGUAAACAUGAGGAGAAGAAAGAUCAACAUGGUUAUAUCUCACGACAUUUCGUACGACGAUAUCAAUUACCUCAAGGUUACGAUAUCGGCCAUGUUAAACCAAGCUUAUCGUCCGAUGGCAUUCUAACUGUCACUGCACCAAGACUUGUUUUGCCUGCACCUGGCGAAAGAAUUGUUCCGAUUGAACGUCAAAACAGACCGGCCAUUAAGGCUGCCUAAAGAGAGAAAAAAAAAGAAAAGAAAGUGACAAAAAAAAAAACAA